AAAAGUUCAUUGACGGAGAGAACAAGAGAAAGAAGGAGAAAAGAACAACACACAGAGAUCUUGUCCAGAAACAAAAAGGGGCGACUUACCACCAAGAACACGUAUCUAUGGCGAGAAGCUUCUUUCUUGUGUUAUUUGCAGUAGCCACCCUGCUUCAUGGCUCCGCUGCACAGACCAGACACGUCGUGGGUGAUUCAACCGGCUGGACCAUCCCUUCCGGUGGUGCUGCAACCUACACCGCCUGGGCUUCCGGCAAAACCUUCGUCGUAGGUGACACUCUCGUGUUUAACUUUACCAACGGUCAACACGACGUGGCUAAGGUUACGAAAUCAGCUUACGACGCAUGCAACGGUGCGAGCACCAUCUUCACCCUUCUCUCUGGUCCGGCGACGGUGACGCUGAACGAGACAGGGGAACAAUAUUACAUUUGCACCUUUGGAUCACACUGUUCCCUCGGUCAGAAAUUGACCGUUAACGUUGUUAACAGAGCUUCUGCCACUCCUUCCCCUGCCCCUCAACCCAGUAGGAGUGGCUCUCCACCCACGGCUAGCCCCGUCCCCACACCAACACAAGCACCGAGCACUGUGCCAGAAGCAGCACCAGCAUCAGCACCAAGCACUGUCCCGGCCCCUGCUCCAGGCCCAUCCGCCGGACCAGUCACUUUCACUGUUGGAGACAACUUGGGCUGGACCGUUCCCACUAACGGUGCUGAAGCUUACACAUCCUGGGCCUCUGGCAAGACCUUCAGGGUUGGAGACGUACUAGAGUUCAACUACCAAUCUAACGCACACAACGUAGAAGAAUUGACAAAGGAGGAUUAUGAUUCUUGCAACUCAACCUCUCCUCUUGCCACUUACACCACUCCACCCGCGAGAGUCACCCUGAACAAAACCGGUGCUCACUACUUCAUCUGUGGAGUUCCAGGGCACUGUCUAGGAGGUCAAAAACUCGCCAUCAAUGUCACCGGAAGCGGCAGCGGCAGCAGCGCUACCCCUCCUUCCCCCUCUUCUCCCUCCACCAACCCUUCCACCCCUUCUCCCUCAGGCUCUCUCGCCCCUCCCCCACAGAACUCCGGAGCUGCAUCUCUCGGACUCGUUGGAGUUUCUGCCACCCUUCUUUCACUUGCAGCGGCUUUCUUCUAUUAGAGACAUGAGAUUAUACCCAGGAGUGUGUUUGGAACUUGCGAUUAUUAUCAUUCUGUGUUUCAUGAAUUCACUUUUUUAUUUUUAUUUUUUUUAGGAUAACAAAUAAAUUUAGCUUUCCCUUCAUCCGCUACAGUUUUGUUUUUUUUCUUUCUUUCUUUCCUGUUUCUUGUACUAUAUAUGGAAAUUUAAAUUGGACAUUCCUAUAUAU